UUCCUGGGGACUGGGAGCGGGACAGGGACAUGGGAAGGGAGAGAAUGUGGGAAAAGAGGGAUGGGAACAGUGGGAAGGAAUGGGGACAAGACAGAGGUGGGACAAAGAUGAGAGCAGGGAAGAGGGGAAAGGGUUGAGGACAGAGAAAAAGGUGCAGGGGAAGGGAGAAGGGAAAGAGAAAGGGGUCAGUGGAAAGGGUCUGUGGACAGAGAUGAGAACAGGGAAGAUGGAUGGGAAUGAGAACCGGGAACAGGGAUAGGAACAGGGAGCAAGGACAAGGAAAGGAGAAAGGGACAAGAAGCAAGAACAGGGACAGGGAUGGAGACAAGACAAGGGACAGGGGACAGGAAUGGGGCAGGGGACAUGGAUGGGGACAGGGAUGGGGAUGAGGACUCCCGUUCUUCCCUGGCCCCGGGGACUGGCGGCAGGGAGACAAAGGCGGUGGGAGGCAGAGGCAUGUGCCCCCCCCUCCCGUCUCCCCCCGUCCCCCUGUGUCCCCAUUGUCCGUGGCCGGGGUGGGAGGAGGAACCAGGGGGAGGGACCAGGGACCCCACAGUGUCGUGAUGCCCGGGGCACCCCGCGCUACCGGCGGCUCGGGGGGCUCUGGGGGGGCUCCGGGCGCGGCCGGGCGAAGCGGCCCCCUCCCCCCCCGACCGCCUGCCUUCCUCCUCCUCCUCCUCCCCCUCUUCCCCACCUCCUUCUCUUCCUCCUCCUCCUCCUCCUCCUCGCCGCCCUGCCGCCUCCCCGCCCCUCGCACUCGCCUCCCCGCGCCUCUCCGUGCGCACCGCCGGGGCCGAGCGCCGGGGCCGGGGCGGGGGGGGCCGGGGCCGGUGCGGGGCCCGGGGCCGGUGGCGGUGCCGGUACCGGAGGUGUCCAGCGCUGCCCGGCCCCGCCAUGCCCCGCUCCUUCCUGGUGAAGAAGCUGAAAGCGGAGGCGUUCCCGGCCGCCGGGGCCCCUGCGCCCCCCUACGCCCCCCUGGAGCCCCCCUACACGCUGCCCGGCCCCGCCGCCGGCGAUGGGUACCUCCAGCACUGCCUGGCGCCAGCCGGCUACGACACUGACAAGAAGCAAGGCCUGCCACCACCGCCACCAGACCCGGCCUACGCACCCGGCCACGAGGAGUACAGCGAUCCCGAGAGCCCCCAGUCCAGCUUUUCCGCCCGCUACUUCAACGGGGAGGCGGCAGUGACAGACAGCUAUUCCAUGGAUGCCUUCUUCAUCACGGACGGGCGGUCGCGCCGGCGCAGCGAGAGCCAGCGCCGCGGCGGCCACCGCCACUCCUGCCCCGAGUGCGGCAAGACCUACGCCACCUCCUCCAACCUCAGCCGGCACAAGCAGACCCACCGCAGCCUGGACAGCAAGAUGGCCAGGAAAUGCCCCACCUGCGGCAAGGCGUACGUCUCCAUGCCCGCCCUGGCCAUGCACGUCCUCACCCACAACCUCAAGCACAAGUGCGACGUGUGCGGCAAAGCCUUCAGCCGGCCCUGGCUGCUGCAGGGCCACAUGCGCUCCCACACCGGGGAGAAGCCGUUCGGCUGCUCCCACUGCGGCAAAGCCUUCGCCGACCGCUCCAACCUGCGCGCCCACAUGCAGACCCACUCCGCCUUCAAGCACUACAAGUGCAAGCAGUGCGAGAAGACCUUCGCCCUCAAGUCGUACCUCAACAAGCACUACGAGUCCGCCUGCUUCAAGGGCUCCGAACACAGCUGUGCAAUAGGGAACUAGCCCCCCAAGCCCUGUGGCACAUCCCCAUUCCCAGCUUCAUCCUUCUACCCAAUCCCCAUCCCCAUCUCAGCCCAUGCCCAUCCCUAUUCCCCUAUAGUUCCCAUCCUGUCCCCAUCCCCAUCCCGUCCCGGUCCCAGUCCCUGUGCCAGCACUCCUGCAGCUGCAGCCAGCUGGUUUGUUGCUGUGCUCAGACUGGAGGACACAUCCCCACAGACUCACUCCCCAUCUGCUCCCUGGGAAGGGGGUCCCCCAUAGUGGGACCCAGCUCCUUUCCCCUGGGUCCCAGAGCCCCCCCGCAGCCAGGCAGGUCUCUCUGCGGGGGACUCACCUGGGGACCUCUUCCUGACCCAGGAGAGACUUUCCUCCCCUAGCUUGUGACUUUCACCUCUAUUUAUUUAAUUUAUUACUAUUAUUUAUUUAGAGCUGCUGCUUCUCUUCCCGGGGGAUCCCGGGGGAGAAAAGACACUUUUCUGCUCCCCACUAGGAGCAAACCCUCCCCUUGACCCUAAUCUUGAUGAGACCACGGGCUGGUGUUCCUGCCAGCUUGGCAGGACUGAUGGCCACUGAGGCUGACAGAGGGCAGGGCUGCCAGUCACCCUUGGAGCCUCGGGUCCCUGCAGCCCACCACACAGGGCACCCGGCUGCCCUCUGCCCUGUGGCACAGCGUUCACCCUGGCACUGCAGAUCCACAGCCCUGGAGUCAGGGGAAGAGCCAAGGGAGGAGCCAGGGGCUUCCAGCAGAGAUCCACAGGACACGACCUCCGUUGGCUCCCAGCUCCCGGCUUGGCCAGGCACAACUGGCCCCUGCCACGGGGAUGGGGAAUAGCCCCUCCAGGCAGGUGCAGCCCCCCUCACCAUGCCAAGGGCUGGGCUGGCAGCUGGGCUGGAGACCCAGCCCUGGGGCAGGUAGUACCCAAACCCCCAACCACCCCCUCCAUGUAUCCCCAGCCCCCUCUCCAGCCGGCUCCCGGCUCCCUCGCCAUCACCCCCCACCUGCACUCAGGAGGAGGGGGUCAGAGUAGCUGUAAAGUUUGGGUGAGUCUAUUUAAAUGUUCUUAUUUAUAUUAUUUAUAACUUAUGCUUUUCACUAUUUAUUUGUCAAGACUGGCCGGGCCAUGCCAGCGCUGGCUCGCAGGAGGUGGCAGAGCUGCAGCAGAACUGCCGUGCCCAGGACACAGCCACGGUGACACGGACGGGGACAGGACCCCGAGAGCGGACUGUGUGGCGGGCACGGAGGCAGGAGGGCACGAGCUGGCCCGGCAGCCCAGGCUGCAUGUCCUGCAAGCCUCCCACAAAGGCAAAGCCCUUCUCAUUUGUCUUCCUUGCUUCCACGGGCUCCUGCUUUGCUCCGUGCCCCGCGCCAGCCCGGUGGGGACGAACCAGCCACUCUAUGCAACCUCCCGGCGGAGCGGCCCCGCACCGGCCCCGCAGCAAGCGCCGCGCUCGGCAUUCCGGAGCGGGGCCCGACCCACGCCUCCGCUUCCUACCUCGGGCCGCGAGUUGCCACAGCCCCAUCACCCCGUGCCGGUCCCCAGCCCUCCGGGACUCAGCCCGGCGCCCCGCGGGGCCGCACUCGCGCACCCCCACACCGUCUUCCUGCGCCGUCUUCCUCCCCGCACCGUCUUCCUCCCGCUGCCUCGGUGCCUGUGUUGGUCACGGGUUGAGUGGGGGUGUCCCUGUCAUGGUCCUCGCUGCCGUGGCACGGUGACCACACAUCCGCACCCCACAGAGGGGAUGAGCAUCGCCCUGGCCCCGCGGGCACCCCACCGGGUUUCCCCCACGAUGCCGGCGCCGUUCCGCGGGGCGCGGUGUCCUGAGGCCGGCGGGCUCGGAGCGCUGCGCUGCUGCCCCUCUCUCCUGUAAAUAGCAGAUACUACAGCAAUAAUUUUCCGUGCAUGAUAGAUUUUUUCUGCCAGGUUUUGUACUCGCCAGCCCCAGUAUGACAAGUCUACUGAGAUCCGGCCACCCGCAGUAUUACUUGUAAUGCAAUUCAGGGAUAUAAAAGGGAUUUCUGCCACUAA